UAUUGACUGAAAGUUUUAAAACAUGGAAACCGUUUUACGUUCGGAAAGGUUGGAUUUGGACCCUCAAGACCCUGAAGCAGCUCUUGCCUUUGAACACUGGCUUGCAUGCUUCCAAUCAUACUUGGCGGAGCUUCGUGCGACUGACCCUGCCGUUAUGUACAGAAUUCUCUUCUCGAGGGUCACCCCAAAAGUUUAUUCCAUUAUCCAGGACCUGCCGACCUACGAAGGGGCACUGGACGCCCUCAAAAGACAGUACCUGUGGCCGGUGAACACCGUCUACGCAAGACAUCGUUUAGCUACCCGGCAACAGCGGCCUGGAGAAUCGAGCACCGGGUUUCUCCGAGCACUACAGACACUCGUCCGAGCUUGUGACUGCAAGACGCUCACGGCAGAACAACAUGCGGAGCUGCUGGUGCGAGGUGCCUUUGUGAUGGGACUGAGGUCAGUGUACGUGCGCCAGCGACUGAUGGAACACUCCGACCUUACGCUCUGCGAUCGAGACGGCCAACGCUCUGGAAGCUGCGCUGCACUACGCCGAUGCUGUCCAGUCGCGCGAUUCCCCGCCGGUUCCGUGGACGCCUCAGACCCCACCGCCGGCUCCCGGGAGCGAAAUCGCCACUGCCAGUCGCGAUUCCACGAGCUCCCUGAACCCGACCACAGCGGCAGCCCGUCAGAAGCCCGUGCUUUGUUAUUUCUGUGGACUCAAAAGGCACCCUCGAAAACGCUGCCCAGCGCGAGAAGCGACCUGCUCCAGCUGCGGAAAGCGGGGCCAUGUUGCCAAGGCCCCUGUAUAAAGGCGAUCGAGGUCUGAUCCUCUGUCUCAUUCUCCAGGAUGUAAUAUGAUGGUCACUCACUGCUGGUUCCUUCUUCAGUCAAUAAAAGCCGAUAUCUCGCCUUACG